UUAGAUAUUACUUAUGGAGGGAAGCUCUUCUACAGAUAUGCAAAAGUUGAGUCUUUCGGUGAUGGAAUCUAAGGAUUCGGAAAUUCCACAGUAGGGAAUCAGAUGAUAAUGAAGAAUUCAAAGUAUAUUUGGAGCUAAUGGAAGAUACUGAUGGUAAAGCUGAUAGUGAUACUAUGGCAUAUAUGCAAAGAGAAGGUUGUUUGCAUCAUAGUGAACAUAUUUUUCAAGCUGAAGCAUUUCUUAACAUGGCUUCAACUGCUGGGACUGAACAACAACAAGAAUUUUUGGCCUGGUCGCUAAAUCUUUUACGUGAGCAGUGGACGCAGCUAGACUGGCAAAAUAAUUACUUAUCUGAACCCCUAGGUAUAGUUCGUCUGUGUUCAGAGACAUCGUUUAUGUGGUCAAUUUUCCACACCGUGAAGUUAUUUGAGAAGGCACUUAAAAUAAGUGUUACCAGAAAAGAAAAUACAACUUUACGAAAAUGUUCAACGAGUAGUCGCUCACAUCCAAUGGCUUCACAUCUGUCCUGGAUUCUCCCUCCUCUUUUAAAAUUGCUUCGCGUCAUACAUUCUCUUUGGUCACCUACCAUAUUUAAAGCAUUACCUGAAAAAUUAAAAGCUGCCAUGUCUAUGAGCGAUGUUGAGCUACAUGCUCUUCUUGGCGAAGGAAAUCCCAAAUUGUCGAAGGGAUUUUUAACAUUCGCUGAUGGAUCUCAAACUGACACGCACAAGGAAGGGUGUGCAGAAAUUAGUAGAUCAGAUAUACAGAAUUGGUUAAUAGAUAUUAGAGACAGUGGGUACAUUGUCUUGGGCCUAUCGAUGAGCAUGAGAGAUCCUUUUUUUAAAUGCUUGGAUAUCGAUUCUGAUAUGGUAACAGUAGCGCUGGUGGAGAAUAUACGGUCGAUGCAGUUCAGGCAUUUAAAGCAGCUUAUUCAUUUCGUUUUAAUUUACUUGGUCAAAUCUUGUCCUUCAGAGAUGUGGGAAGUCUGGCUAGAAAAGCUUUUGGAUCCUUUUUUUAUUCAUGUGCAAAAUGUUCUUUGUUUUUCUCGGUCUACUAAUUUGCAUGAAGGUAAUGCAAAGGUUCCGGAUGUCGGAAGCAUGCCUUCUGGAUUAGAUGUGAAAGCGUACGUAAUGGCAGAGAAAUUGCUUCGAGAUAUUACCCAUGAGACAUGCUCACUUCUUUCUGCUAUGGCAUCACCAGAAGUCAAUGUUGGAGUUCCUUCUUUGGAACCAUUGGGGCUUGUGAACCAUAUUGAUACAUCUUCUUCUCUCAAGGAUUUGAAUUAUUUUGCGAUAACCUCUAUGGUUGGUUUCCUUUUAAAGCACAAAGGUCUCUCGCGUCCAACAUUACAGAUUUGUUUAGAAGUUUUUUGUUGGGCGGAUAGCGAAUCAGUGACAUUGAUUUCUUCAUUUUGUGCUGCUGUUGUUCGCCUCGCUAUUUUAACCAACGAUGUUGAAGUCCGAGGAUUUGCUUCGAAAGAUCUAUUCAAUGCCAUUAUAGAAGCUUUGAAGCUUGAAACAAAUGCAGUUAUCAGUGCUGAUUUGGUUGGUCUUUGUCGAAAAAUAUAUUUUUAUCUUCGUGAUAGAGAUCCAUCACCAAGACGGGUUCUACUCUCUCUCACUAGUUCAACCCACAGAGAUUUGAUUAUGUUUGAUGAAGACUUGACAAACACAUCGAGUUCUGCGGAUCAAAAUCAGCGUAUGGGGCGCUUCCUUCUAUCCGUUGAUGGAUACGAAUUUAUGGCACUUGAUCCUCCUAUUAUGGAGGACGACUCUUGUGAUGAUAUGCCAAAUCUCAGCCCUUCAGUUAUGACAAGGGUCAUUGAAGCUAAGGCACGUUCUGAAGCUCAUAAAAGGAAGAUGGCAGAAUUUAGAAAACAAGUGGGGGCUAUGAAGAAAGCAUAUUAUGACAAUAAUGCUAAUCCAAUUCUGGAGUCUGAUGAAGAACCUGAUGAGUGGUUUGAGUGGGAUGGUAAACAUGAAAUUACUGAUGUAGAAUUAAAAAAAUAUAUGGAACAACUUGAAGCUAGUGAGGGUUUUGAGAUGGGCGACUUCUCAAACGUUCGUGCAUUUGGUAUGAUUCAACCAAUGAAGUUGAAUGAGCGCUCCAUUGCAGAACUUGAUAAAUAUAUUAAAAUGGCACUUGAAGAAUUCAAUCAGAAAGAGAACUCAAAUUUUGAAUGUGUGGAGAUUGAGAAGGCAAGUGUAUUAGGGGAACUACGCACAGAGUAUUAUAUCACUUUUAAAGCAAAAGAUGAGAAUAGAGUUUCAACCUUUACAUUUCAAGCUUUAAUAUUUUAUGAUUAUGUUUGUGAAAAAAGACACUAUGAAACAUCAGUGGGCAUUUGCAGAUUGAAGCCAGAUACUGCUCCUGGGCAUGGUAAAUAGUGUAUCAGAUGUCACAAUUUAUAUUAUUUUAUUAUUUAUUUAUGUCUUAAUUAAUUGGUGAAA